AUGGAUCUCUGUCGAUCAAUGUCUUCCUCAUCAAGAAUCUUCUCAUUUGGUCUUGGUCAUUCUCCAUCUCGUACACUUGUUAAAGGCUUAGCUCGCGCAACAAAUGGCCAUUUCGUUUUCAUUCCCCCAAACGCAUCGGUUGACAUCUAUGUUGCUGAACAGUUGAUAAAAGCACUUCAACCAUGUAUCACCAAUGUUCAAGUCAAGUGGAAUCAGACAGGAAUCCAAACAGCCCCAAAAAAAGUGCCACCUGUAUAUGCAAAUGAUCGUCUCAUCUUCUACGGAUUACUCGAAAGCAGUGAUUCCUCACAAUUUCAACAUGAUAUCACUGUCAGUUUAUACAAAACCGAUAAUAGCAUUCUUCUUGGUGAAGCUAAAGUUGAUCGCAUUCCAUCGACAGUCGAGGAUCAGACACUUAGUCAUCUUGCGGCUAAAGCCCUUAUUCAUGAAUUGCAACAUGAGAAGAGUGAAGAACAAAAUAAAGGUUCUCUACAAGCACGCUUUCAACAACAGCAGGAUGAGCAAUCUUUACCAGUCGCAGCAACCGAGAAGCAACUUGAUAAGAGACAACAACUAAUCAUUGAUCUCUCAUUAAAAUAUGGUAUUCUAUCUCCAUACACAUCAUAUGUGGGUAUUGAAAAACGUCUGAAUAUAGACAACAACGGUAUGAUUCUUCGAGAAGUACCAAUUGAAAUAUCAGCUGAUGACAAACAUUUCUUUGCAAGACCACAAGGUCGAAAUCAAACACAUUUCUCUUCAAUUGCUUACGAUGAUUCUAUAGACGAUAAUUUGCAACUAAUAUCAAGUGGGCUUGGAAAUCUUCGAAAUAUAGAAUUGAAUAUGUGGGAUACGAUAGCUCAUCAAAAUGUACAAAUUGAUAGAAUACGUGAUAGAGCCGAAUUAUAUAAGAAAAAAGUCAAAAUAACUAAUGGACGAGCAAAACAACUGCUGUCACUUGAAAGAGAUUCAUCUAUAGGUGUUAACAAAUCCUUCUCCACACUUAGUCAAUGGCCAACUUUAGAACAAGAUAUUGUUCGACAUUUAAUCGAUUUACAAAAGUUUGACGGUCUAUGGUCUCUGUCGGACGAACAAAUUAAAAAGUUAACGGAAAAACCUCUUUCAUCCUAUCGUUCUCAAUACACAUCCGAUCACCAAAUUAUAUCAUCUGCACUCGUUCUAAUUAUCUUGGAACAAGAACGUUUCAAACCACACAAGACUCUAUGGCAAGCAUGUUUUGAAAAGACGAAACGGCGUUUAACUCAGUUAUUAGGUGGCAAUGAUAAGAUGGAAUUAGUUCUACAAGAAUUGAGAGAACAAAUAUUGAAUCACAGUGCAGAAGAAAUAAAAACAAAGACAAUGACAACGAUGACUAGUCGUGGUAACAGUUUUACAAAGUUUUUUAAAACGAUAUUUAAAUGA